CCUGCCGUAGUCGUUUAGAAUUGCGACAUGCCGUAAAUCAGCUGUCGCAAAAACAAACAAACAAGAAACGUGGAUACUACUUUCUAAUCAUUAAUUAAUGUUUUUAUUGCUUUUAUUAUUAUUUCAACGUAUGUUAAUUAGUGGGUAGGUGACCAGUGUCCGGUCAUCAUGUUCGUGCUGGUGGAAAUGGUCGACACCGUGCGAAUUCCGCCCUGGAAUUUUCACCGGCAACUCAACGAGGCUGUUGCGGAGGAACUGAACAAGAAACUGGCCAACAAGGUGGUCUAUAACGUGGGACUCUGCAUCUGCUUGUACGACAUCACAAAACUCGAGGACUCCUAUAUAUUCCCAGGAGAUGGAGCCUCUCACACCAAAGUUCAUUUCAGGUAUGUUGUUUUUCACCCCUUCCUUGAUGAGAUCCUCAUCGGCAAGAUCAAGUACUGCAGUCAGGAGGGAGUUUACGUGACCAUGGGCUUCUUUGAUGACAUUCUCAUCCCACCAGAGUCACUUCAGCAGCCUGCAAAAUUUGAUGAAGCCGAGCAAGUUUGGCUUUGGGAGUAUGAGACCGAUGAGGGUGCCCAUGACCUCUACAUGGACCAAGGAGAGGAGAUCCGUUUCAGGGUGACAGAUGAAGUCUUUGUGGAUACGUCACCAACAGGCCCGGCCACUGCCGCCUCUGAUACGGCGGCACAACCGGGACAGUCAACGGCACCACCGAAAGAAGACGGCGGGGAGAAGAAAGAGGCACCAUAUACGCUGAUUGGCACCAUCUGUGAGCCAGGGCUCGGGCUGCUGUCAUGGUGGAACAGCUAGCACUGAGUCUUUAACGCUAGCUGUUCAAACAUCAUAGCCGAUCUGAGGCACGAGGGACCCUCGGCAAAGGUCGCUGAGCCCCACUGUUUUGGUGCCUGUUUCCACCCAUGUGGCAUCCGUGUGAUGGAGAACCAGUUCUUCCUUGGUGCCUUUUGAGCAGCAGUCCUUUCUGUGUCACAUGCACAACGUGGGGUAAUUUAAAAGGGACGAGACAGUUUGUAUGGAAGCACUGACUUUAUGCAAGAAUAUUAUUUACCAUUUAAUGUAAUUAAGUUGAAAUCUUUCAGGCAGGGGGGAGAAAUAAGUGUGACCCUACUGUAUAUAUAAACUGCAUCCAGUGGCAAAAUCAAAAAGAAUAUGUCACCAGCACUGCAUGUUGUAAAAGAUGUUAUUUUUAUUUGACAUACCUCCACCUCCAGGAUCUGCUGCACACAUCCUCAGUGUGUGCUAACCCCCCACCCCUUCCUGUUUUUCCCCCCCACAAUAAAAGUCGAAAUGAGAGCUAGCUGCUCUGUGGAUUUUUCAUUCUGUGUGAUUAUAGAAAGUAUAUCAGAAAGGAUUAGUGAGCAGCCUUUAAAUCCUUCAGUGUAAUGGGCAGUGAAGGACACAGUCAGAUCUGCCCUCUGCACACUUAAUGUCAGUCUACACACACACAGAUGUGUUUAUUGUGCAAUCAGUGGACUGUUUCAUGUGACAACUGCAUGGUUGAGGUUGUGAAACAAGGACAGUCUGCGCUGGAAAGGGAGCAGCAGAAAUGUUACAUAUGAACUAAGUCAGCAUUUGAAUAAGUAGCGUUAUGUAGGGUACUAAAUAAUGUGAACACGAGCUCAUUUUUGCAUCCUGACUCUGUCAGCAGUCAUCAGUAUAAAUCUAUAAAUGCAAAGCCGUCAGUAGCAGCGCAUAAACG